GUACAUUCCUUGAAUCAUACAAUUUCUUAUUCCUCCCACUGAAAAAGGCAAACAGUACAGAUAAAGCUUUAGAAAUGUUGAAUGACGGAAAUCCAUCAUCGGCUUCUGAGCCUUUCAGGCUCCGGUGGGAUGUGUUCCUCAGUUUUAGAGGUGAAGACACUCGCCAUGGCAUCACCAAGAACCUCUACCAUGAGCUUCAGUCACAUGGGGUCCGGGUCUUUAUGGACGACGACGGUUUGAGACGAGGAGAAGAGAUCUCCCCAAGUGGUCACCAAGCUAUUGAAGACUCUGCUGCUUCCAUUGUCAUCAUCUCCCCUGACUACGCCUCCUCACGUUGGUGUCUUGAAGAACUCGCCAGGAUCUGCGAGUUGAAAAGAUUGAUCCUGCCCGUUUUUUACGGUGUUGACCCAUCUGACGUUCGGCAUCAGCGAGGGUCCUUCCUGGUGGCUUUUCGGAGGCAUGAAGAAAGGUAUGUAGAUGAAAUGGAGAAGGUACUCAGAUGGAGGAAAGCCGUACGAAAAGUUGCCGAUACUGCUGGUUGGGUUUUCAAUGGUGAAACUGAAAGUGAUGAAAAGGAAUUGAUUCGAGUUUUAGUGAAAGAGGUUCUGAAACGACUAAGCAAUACUCCAAUGAAUGUAGCUAGGCAUGCAGUUGGACUUGAUUCUCGUGUGGAAGAACUCAUGAGGUUGUUAAAUGUUAGAUCCAACAGUGUUGAGGUUCUAGGGCUUCAUGGAAUGGGUGGGAUUGGUAAGACGACCCUUGCUAAGGCUCUCUAUAAUAAACUGCUUGGACAUGAGUUUGAGUGUCGUAGCUUCAUUUCAAAUGUAAGAGAACAUUCAGCAACGGUUGAUGGCUUACUAUCUCUUCAGAGAAAACUUAUAGAUGACCUUCAGACCAAUCUUGAUCGUGAUGGUUCCAAUAGAAUUGCGCGGCCUGCAAAUUCAGUUAAUGCUAAUAAACAAGCAAUCAGAGGGAUUAUUGGAGAGAAUAAAGUUCUAGUUGUGCUAGAUGAUGUUGGUGACAUAAGUCAACUUAAUGCACUCAGUGCAGAAAUAGCGUAUUAUUCUGGAGGAAGUCGAAUUAUUAUUACAACAAGAGAUAAAGAGCUCUUACAUGAAAAUUAUGUGAAUCAGAUUUAUGAGGUCAGAGAGUUGUCCCCUGAUGAGGCACUGGAACUUUUCAGUUACCAUGCACUUGGUAGAGAGAAACCUACCGACGAGUUUUUGAAUCUGUCUAAGCAAAUUGUGUCUCUCACUGGACGGUUACCUUUGGCUCUUGAAGUAUUUGGUUCAUUUUUGUUUGAUAAGAGGACACUAACAGAAUGGGAAGAUUCUCUAAAGAAGUUAGGACAGAUCCGUCCUCAGAAUCUUCAGGAAGUAUUGAAAAUAAGCUUUGAUGGGCUAGAUAAAGAGGAGCAGUGUAUAUUCCUUGACAUUGCCUGCUUUUUUGUCAAAUUGGAAAUGAAAAGAGAAGAUGCAAUAGAUAUAUUGAGAGGAUGUGGAUUUAAAGCUAAGAUAGCAAUCACAGUCCUUACUAGAAAAUCUCUUAUUAAGAUUUCUGCAGAUGAUAUUUUGUGGAUGCACGAUCAACUUAGGGACAUGGGACGACAGAUUGUUCAAGAAGAGAACCUUACCGAUCCUGGAAAGCGUAGCAGACUGUGGGAUUGCGAGGAAAUCAUGAGUGUCUUAAAGAAUAAUAAGGGAACAAGAGACAUUCAGGGUAUCAUUCUGGAUAUCAGAAGGAAGUUUGUUAUGGACCCAGACAAUGAGGAAGAUGUGGUACUCUGCACUGAACCCUUCAAACAGAUGGUUAGCCUAAGAUUACUUGAAAUCAAUAAUUCAAAAUUGGAGGGGAAGUUCAAAUGUCUUCCUGCUGAACUGAGAUGGCUGCAGUGGCAUGGAUGCACUUUGAAAGAUCUUGGUUCUGAUUUUUGUCCCCAGAAGCUGGCUGUCCUCGAUCUCUCAGAUAGCAAAAUUAACUGUCUCUGGGGUUCUCAUUCUAACUUGCCGGCUCACAACUUGAUGGUCAUGAAUCUGGAUGGCUGCUAUAAUCUAGCUACUGUUCCUGAUUUAUCUGGGUAUCAAGCCCUUGAAAAGCUUGUCCUUGAGAACUGUGGGAGACUGAUCAGAAUUCAUGAAUCAGUUGGUAGUAUAAGAUCUUUGCUUCACUUGAACAUGAGAGACUGCUCAAGCCUUGUUGAAUUACCGAGUGAUGUCUCUGGGUUGAAAAGUCUUCAAACCCUUAUCCUCUCUGGUUGCUCCAAACUAAAGGCAUUACCAGAGGGCCUUGGCAGUAUGAGAUCUUUAAAAGAACUCUUGUUAGAUAAUACUGCCAUAGAAAAGCUACCUGAAUCUGUUUACCGCCUUUCAAAACUUGAAAAGCUUAGCCUAACUGGUUGCAGAUCGUUAGAAGAGUUACCCAAGUAUAUAGGAAAUCUAAGUUCCCUUAAAGAACUCUAUCUUAAUGGUUGUGUUUUGAAAGAGCUGCCUGAAUCUGCUGGAUCUUUGGUGAACCUGGAGAUACUUAGCUUGUGGCGGUGUGAAUCACUGACCACAAUUCCAGAUACUGUGGGCAAUCUCAAGUUAUUGGUAAAUCUGUUAAUUAGUGGUGAAGCCAUUGAAGAAUUACCAUCUUCCAUUGGCAAGAUCUCAUAUCUAAAGGACUUAUCAAUUGGAAAGUGCAGUUUAGUGAAUAAAUUGCCAGAUUCAAUUAACGGAUUGGUUAAUGUUGUGGAGCUUCAGUUAGAUGGGACACCAAUUACAUAUCUUCCGGAUCAGAUUGGUGACUUGAAAUCACUUCAGAAGCUUACAAUGAGGAAAUGUCCCCUUACAUUACUCCCAGAAUCAAUUGGGAACUUGUUGGGUCUUUCUAAUCUGACAAUUUUCAAAGCCAAUAUUACUGAGCUGCCUGAGUCCAUUGGGAGGUUAGAAAAUCUUACCAUUUUAAGACUGAAUGAAUGUGAAAGGCUCUGUAAACUUCCAGCUUCAAUUGGAAAUUUGAAAUCCUUGCAUCAUCUGUGGAUGGAAAAAACUGCAGUAACAGAAUUACCAGACAACUUCGGGAUGCUCUCAAAUUUAAUGGUAUUGAAAAUGGCAAAGAGGCCACUCACUAGCCUGCAAAGAAACAAUUGCCGAGAAGAUGCCGCAAAUCUCAGCACAAAAGGGAAGCCAAUAUCAGUUGUCCUCCCAACAUCAUUCUCAAACCUCUCCUUACUUCGGGACCUUGAUGCUAGUGCAUGGAGACUGUCUGGCAAAAUUCCUGAUGAUUUUGAGAAACUGUGUUCAUUAGAGAUUCUGAAUCUAGGAAGAACCAAUUUUUCUCACCUUCCAACCAGCCUAGGGGGAGUUUCCCAUCUCAAAAAGCUUCUUUUGAGUGACUGCAGAAAGCUUGAGUCUCUCCCUCCACUUCCUUCAAGUUUGGAAGAGUUGAAUCUCUGUAACUGUGUUUCAUUGGAAAGUAUAGUUGAUCUUUCAGAUUUAAGGAAAUUACAGGAACUAAACCUUACAAACUGUGAGAAAGUGAUUGAUAUUCUAGGCCUCGAAUCCUCGGAAUCCUUAAGAAGGCUGUUCAUGAGUGACUGCAAAGCCUGCUCCUCAGCAGUCAGGAAAAGCUUUUCCAAGGGUUUUCUGAAGAAUAUGCGCAAUCUAAGUAUGCCUGGAAGCAGUAUCCCAGAUUGGUUUUUCCAGGACGAAGUUAUCUUCUCAAGCCCCAAAAACCGUGAGAUCAAAGGUGUGAUUCUGGCUGUCAUUGUCUCCCUUAACCAUCAUUUUCCAGAUAACUUGAGAGAUCUAACUACAGUCCCUCAUGUUCAAGUGGAGUUCCUCAGAGGUGAAGAUUACACGUUCAGAAGCGUAUUAAACUUGAAGGGAGUACCAAAAACGAAUGGAGAUAAUCUCUACUUGUGUCGAUAUCCAGCAUGGCAUCCAUUAAUUUUGGGCUUGAAAGACGGUAUCAAGAUUCAUUUGACAAAGCAAAACUCACCCACCGCUCAAGGGGUAGAGCUGAAGAAAGCUGGGAUUUAUCUAGUUUUCGACGACGAUGAUGAUUAUGAGGGAAAUGAAGAACCACUGAAGGAAAGCCAGCAGUCUGUGUCACAAAGACUAGCAAACUUUUUCCACUCUCUGGAAGACGGUGAUCAGAACAGUGGCGGAGCUAAGGUGGGGCCUGAGGGUGCACAGGCCCCCCCAAACUUUGGUAGAACUAUUAAUUUAGUGGCCAUUGUUGUGGCCACCAUUAUUUUUGUUAGGACUAUUAGAACUAUUAAAAAUAGUUUCUAAUUGAUAGGAUAAUUAAUAUUUAUUAUUUAAUAAAUUAAAAUUAAUUUA